AUGGGGCAGUUCUUGGUAGGUUUCAUAUUUAAGAUUUACAAUGAAAAGAAGGGACCUGCUGCGCCGGACCGUCCAUGCGCCGGGAGUGAAGGGGCCCAGAGUGGUGUCUAUGUAAGAUUGAACACUUUUUGUCAAAAUGCAGAUGAAAGGGCAAAUAGACGUUUGGGAAACAAAAAAUUAACAUUAUUAUCGGUGAACUACAUAAUUCCUUAUUUCUAUAUCCACAGGGCUGUUGGGGCAACCAACAUGAACGCACACAGUUCGCGAUCACCCGCCAUCUUCACAAUUACUAUAGAGUGUGGAGAGAGAGGUAUGGAUGGACAACAACAUUGGAGAGUCGGGAAGCUUCACCUUGUAGAUCUUGCUGGUUCAGAGCGACAGAGCAAAACGGGGGCGACAGGUCAGAGACUGAAAGAAGCUAGUAAAAUUAAUCUGUCCCUUUCAACGCUGGGAAAUGUAAUAUCGGCUCUGGUGGAUGGAAGGUCGACACAUAUACCUUACCGAAAUUCUAAGUUAACAAGACUUCUACAAGACUCUUUGGGAGGCAACUCAAAAACCAAAGACAUCUGUAACAAAGCCAAGAUUAAUGAGGACCCGAAGGAUGCUCUUCUCCGGCGACUCCAGGAUGAGAUAAAGACGCUGAGAGGUCAACUUGAAGCAGUCCUUUGUGAAACUCCCAAGUUUUCUUUGCAGUUUCUGUCUCAUUCCAGCUCAUUUGCCAUUUCUCUUGAGACUUACCUUUUUCUCUUGUAUUUUGAUAGUGCCAGGUUGCUACUCCUUUUGGCAUUCAACAUACCACACAAGCUAAUAAGUCAGACUGUUUUUAGUGUUGAAUAUUGUACAAAUAUUUGUUGGGUAUUUGCCACAACGAUUAGAUCAUCAUUAGAUGCAUGUAGGGCACAGAGGACCACUGGACACCUUUCCACUUAUGUUACUGGUAACUGGCCAACAUUUACUCACAGUGCUUGUAUGAACACAGCUGCAUUGUCACACCGUAUUAAAUAUUAUCAGUUGUCAGCGAAAAAGUUAGAGAAAAAGGUGGCUGCCAUCCGCAAGAAGAUCGAAGAGGAACGUAAGAUGUUAUCGGAGAGGAAGGACCUGGAGGAGGAGGAGAGGAACAAGGUGAAGAGUGACUUGGAUAGACAUGAAAAAGAGCUGAAGAAGGCCCAGAAAGAGCAGGAAGCCUUGAAGCAGAGGUUACAAGGACUAGAACGCAAAAUUCUCGUUGGUGGCGAAAAUUUGUUAGAGAAAGCAGAGGAGCAGGAGAGACUCUUGGAAGAAUCAGCCAAGGAGCUUGAGGAGAGGCGGCGGCAUGAAGAACAGCUCCGACAUGCCAUCACGCAAAAAGAGGCAGAGAGAAUUGACCUAGAAGAAAGGUAUACCACCUUACAAGAAGAGAAUGCUGGCAAGACCAGAAAGCUUAAAAAGGUGUGGACUCUCCUGAUGGCUGCCAAGUCAGAACUGGGGGAUAUGCAGGCAGAACACCAACGGGAAAUGGAGGCUCUUCUGGAGUCUGUGCGGCACCUAUCUCGGGAACACAAGUUACAUCAGCUGAUCAUUGAUUCUUUCAUUCCGUUGGAGUAUCAGGACAUGGUUGAGCGUUACGUUCACUGGAAUGAGGACAUAGGGGAAUGGCAGCUGAAGUGUGUUGCUUACACGGGGAACAACAUGAGGAAACAGCUGGACAACGGUGAUGCAGAAAAGGAGAAUCAGAAUCAAGAUGGGGAUAUGUGGCAGGUCUACAAGACAUACAGUCCCGAGGUGUACACAAAACCUGCUGCCAAACCGCUUAGAAAGAAAUCAGGCAUUCCGAGACCCAAACACGCCAGGUCUGCCAGGAAAUACGACAAGUAGUUUCAACUCCUUCCCAAAUGGCUUGGUUUCCAAGGGUGAUAUAGAUUUUUGUGGUGUGAAGACAGCGUUGAGAGAGGAGUUAUGAGCCAGUUUAUUUCCAGCAGUGAGAAGUAAGAAUAGCACCAUGCAUCUAAAAUUGGAACUGAACUGUGUGUAUGGAAAUGAGCUUUAUAAGUGGUAGUAUAAUAAACCAAAAUAGAGUAAGAGAUGGAGAUGGAAAU